CCUAAACGAAAGGCAGCGGCAGCGGCCGAGGCCCCGGCAAAGAAGGCGAAGGCCCCCGCGAAGAAGAAGGAGGCUGAAAAGAAGGAGGAGACUGCGCCUGUGGCUGCCGAUGCCGGGGACGGCAUCGUCAUCGAGGCUUGCAAAAGCUGAGGCGCAUUCAAAACACGGUGAGGCCACCAAGCUGGAGAAGCUGAUCAAGGAGGGCGCCCCUGGCACCUCGGUGUCCGUCAACCCGGACAAGCCGCGCAAGGGGUGCUUUGAGGUCCGCGGCCCUGGCGGCAAGACCUUCGUGUCACUGCUGGACAUGCCCCGCCCCUUCACCAAGCUGAAGGCGCUGGAUGUGGAGGCGCUGGCGGAGGAGGUGCUGGCGGCGCUGAAGGAGUAGCGCGCAGCAGCAGGAGCAGGAGCCAGCAGCGGCAGGAGCCAGCAGCACCAGCAACGGUAGAGAGCAACGGCAGCGAGCAGUGCACUGUGAAAUGUGCACUGGGGGCGCUGCGGAGCGCUGCCGCCGUUGGUGCUGUACACGCCGCUGUUGCGGCCGCGGUCGCUGCCGGCAGCCAGUCGCCCACAGCAGCGGGCUGCUAUGGCGGCAGCGGCAGCAGCGGCGGUGGGGCAGCCUGCCACUGCGGGCGAUUGGGAGGAAAGCGCACGGACACAGCGGCAACACGCGGUGGUGGCUGGGGCGGCGUGGGUGGCGCUGCAGGGGGGGAUAGCCGGAGCCUCGGAGGCCUGCACGGGCUGUCGCAUUCGCACGUGUGCGCAGUGGGAGGGUUGCGGUUGUUGCGGUUGCACCAACGCACCCUACGUGUUCCAUUUGGCACGAGCCCCGGACCUUGUUUGGCGCCUGCAAUGGCAGCCCGUAUGAGGCGACGGUUGCGUCGGCGUGGGGCGUGCGAGUGUGAGCCCCGAGGGAUUUCGAGGCCUUGCUGGCUGGUGCGGCCGCCGACCCAGGUUUUGCUGGCGUGAGGCGGCUGCGUUUAAGUUGUUGUGCGAGAUGUUUGGGGAUCGGGUGUUGUGCCGCUGCGUGCUGCCCAACGUGACGGGCGUGUUGCCGCUGGUGUGUAAGGUGCGUGAGGCACAAUUUGUUGCCAGAGCCGCAAACCCAAAUGGUCUAUGUGCGGAGGUGCAGAGGGUGAUGCGGGUGCGAGGGCGUCUACUGAAAGCGUCCUCGCUGGCUAAUGCCGGCUUCACUUGAGGAAGCCGGGGCCAAGCCCGCUGAUGGCGAGCAGCCGAAAGGCGCUCCAGGCUGGGUAAGCGGCAGGAGGUAACUGAGGUUUAGGUCGGUGCUGGCCCCGAGGCCCGUGUGGGUGCAGCGCCGGCCGCCUCCCUUGCCGCCCCAGCACGCACCGCCCGCCGCCAUUGGGCUUUGCGCAGGGGGCUCUGGACCUGUAAUGGAACAAACGC